UAGACGUAAAGAGAAGAUGUGUAAGGAAUUGGUACACCGAGGGCUUUUGUGAAAAGAACACUGCUGGAGUUUAUCUAUUAUAUUGAGUGGGAAGAUUGCACACCAUAUCUUCAGUCAGAGGUAUAGAGACAAAAUUGCUAUUUCUUCAGUGGUGACUAAGAUCACAAGAUGCCGCGAUUGACUGAUAAACUUCUGUGUGUCUUCUCCUAAAGAGAGAUUCUCCGCUUGAUAAUAUCAACAUUGGAAACAAUAUUAUUCAAGACCUGUGGACAAAAGUAACACGACAGGCGCACAAUAAGUUGGUGUUCUUGAUACCUUCAUUUUCACUUCAAAUACUCUACGGUACAUAAUUGUUUACCAUCUUAUGGUGUUUUUGUGCUGUUCAUUUGGCUCAGUUAGACUCGCCUGUUGAACUGAAAUUCAGAGCAACGCAUGCAUCCGCAUCUGUUGAAAUCGGGCAAUUAUUGCGGAGAAAUCGAGAAAUACAGUACUUUCAUCUUGAAGACAUCGUUCACGAUAAACGCCUCUAUGCUGAGAGUGAGUAUCUGUAACUUAUCUUAAUACAUUAUUAAGAUUUAUCGGUACACCUGUUGAUUUAAAAUUUCAAUUUUUUCAAUUUUGGAACCUAACUCGUCACGUUCAAUUUUCAUGGUUUCGUCUUUCAAGCUUCCUUCGCUGAAGCAGCGACGACCUCAAGGUGGGAUGGGAAACGAAUCGGAUCCGUUUCAUAGUCAUGGCUUCGAUUUACUUCUUUGCGAGGACCAUCUUGGCUCGGGAUUGACAUUUGCUGGUUUAGUAUUUAUGUUUAUGAUCAUGGUAACUUCUCUUUUUGGCAACACACUGGUGUGCAUAGCGAGUGUAAAAUUUUCGUAUCUGCAUUCAUAUUCGGAACAUUUCAUAUUUAGCCUUGCCUUGUCAGACAUUAUGGUCGCGGUCUUCGUUUUGCCUUUCGAUGUCCUAUAUUGGAUGACCUUUCCCCGAUGGCCUUUGGGUGGGUACGUCUGCAAUCUGUGGAACGCGUCAUUUUUUCUCUUCCUAACGGCUUCAGUGUUAAAUCUUACAGCGAUAAGUAUAGACCGCUAUCUAGCCGUGGUUUAUCCACUCCGCUAUACCAUAUGGAUGACAUCGAAGGUGGCCAAAUCUAUGAUAGCCAGUGUUUGGCUGUACUCUGUCAGUAUAGCUAUUUUACUCUUCUUUUUGUUAGAUCCACCUCAAGACGAGACUUACAGUUUCGAUUUAAAUCCGUUUGUUCAUGGUUUCCUCCUCAUCGGAAAUGUAAUUUUUCCCUUUCUAAUUAUGAUAGUCUUGUAUUCCAAGAUUUACACAAUCGCUAAAGGGCACGCACAGCGUGCUGGGGUCAAUGCCAUGACGUCAUCAAAUAGAGCUUCGUCAGUGACGUCAUCGCAAACGACCUCAUUUGGACGGGAACUGAAGAUAGCUAAGAUGCUCGGGAUCGUGGUGCUGUGCUUUGUUAUUUGCUGGUUGCCUUUUGAGAUCAUAAACGUUGUAAUUCUUAUCGACGAAGGUGUAGAGACAUGCGCAGUGGAGCUUGCUGAUACUGUCUCAUGCUGGCUUGCAUACCUGCAUUCUUCGCUCAAUCCGCUGCUGUACGCGUUUACGGGCUCAGAGUUUAGACGCGCUUUCAGAAAGCUUUUGUGCAAGAGAGAAUGGAGAACUGGUGCAGAUUUGUUUCAAAGUCAAAGCAAUGUUGCUGAAAGACGGCCUGCCCGCUCCGAAUCUGCAAUGAAACCACAGGAUAUCAGUAGCAUACAUCUUUGACACUCUAUCACUGGGGUUGAGUUAAGUUUUCCGAUUUUACACUAUUUAUUCGACCACUCUGAAGCUAGGGCUCAGUUGAGACUGUAAUGCUAACAUAAAUACAGGGACUAUUACACUAUUUUUUCGACCACUUUGACUGUUCAGAGCUCAGUUGAGACCGUAAUACUAACAUGAAUACUAGGACACAACAAUUAGGGGCUAAAUAGCCGAGACGAAUUGACCAUAAGGACCUAGAUGAUAGUCGUUGGGGAGCGAGGCAAUGCUCCUCCAACGCAUGAUCGUUGCGGUUUUUUUCUAGAACUUUAAGUCUUCUGAGUACAUAACAGCCCAAGAAAAACGAAAUUAAAAGUAGCCAUUGCC